UUUGCCAUCGCCGGUCUCUAUAUAUAGUGAGAGGGCCACUGCGGUACUCCUGAAAGGCCAUACUCGACCCGAAGAUGACUGUCGCCGAACCUGAAUUUGCUGCGGAACCGGAAGUGGUGACCUGCCAUGGCCUUCUUUUUGAUAUGGAUGGCACGAUAAUAGACUCCACCGAAGCAGUCGUCAAAAACUGGCAAAAGAUCGGACGGCAGAUAGGUGUAGACCCCGAGGUGAUCCUAGCCACAUCACAUGGACGACGCUCCAUUGAUGUGCUUCAAAUUUACGAACCCAAACUAGCCAACUGGGACUAUAUUCGCGAGGUUGAGGGAGUGCUCCCCAAGGAGUUUGGAGCAGAUGCCGUCGAAAUCCCCGGAUCUCGAGCGUUGCUGGAACAGAUUGACCAGCGGUCAAUACCAUGGUGUAUCGUCACCUCUGGGACCCGCCCUUUGGUAACAGGUUGGCUGGAUGUGCUGAAUCUUGCUCAUCCCCAGAAUCUGGUUACUGCCGAAGACGUCAAGAUCGGAAAACCAGAUCCGGCAUGUUAUGCGUUAGGUGCUAGCAAGCUGAAGCUGCCCAAAGCCAAUCCAUCUAUUCUGGUCUUUGAAGACGCUCCUGCUGGUGUUCGUUCUGGGAAGGCUGCUGGAUUCCGCGUAGUUGGCCUUGCCACGACGCAUUCGAUAGAAGAAUUGAUUGACGCGGGUGCUGACUGGAUCGUGAGGGACAUGACAUCCGUUCGCCUCGAAGACUGGGAUGAGACCACAGGCGAAGCACGGAUUGCGAUCCAUAAUGCUUUGACUCGAAGCAAGAAUUAGAGAAUAGA